CAGCGAGCGCAGGCGCAGCGGAGGGCUUACCUGCAGCAGGUGCUCAUUCCUGGGAGCAGCGCGGACUGCAGCCGCCUCUGCGUGGGGGAAAGAUGCUGCGGGAACGGACCGUGCGGUUGCAGUACGGGAGCCGCGUGGAGGCGGUGUACGUGCUGGGCACGCAGCUCUGGACCGAUGUCUACAGUGCAGCCCCUGCUGGGGCCAAAACCUUCAGCCUGAAGCACUCGGAGGGUGUGAAGGUGGAGGUCGUACGUGAUGGAGAGGCAGAGGAGGUGGUCACCAACGGCAAGCAGCGCUGGGCCCUGUCACCCAGCAGCACACUGCGGCUCAGCAUGGCCCAGGCCAGCACAGAGGCCAGCAGCGACAAGGUCACCGUAAACUACUAUGAAGAGGAGGGCAGCGCUCCCAUUGACCAGGCUGGGCUCUUCCUCACAGCCAUUGAGAUCUCGCUGGACGUGGACGCAGACCGGGAUGGAGAGGUGGAGAAGAACAAUCCUAAGAAGGCAUCCUGGACCUGGGGUCCCGAGGGCCAGGGGGCCAUCCUGCUGGUGAAUUGUGACCGAGACACACCCUGGUUGCCCAAGGAGGACUGUGGUGAUGAAAAGGUCUACAGCAAGCAAGACCUCCAGGACAUGUCUCAGAUGAUCCUGCGCACCAAAGGCCCUGACCGCCUGCCCGCCGGGUAUGAGAUAGUUCUCUACAUCUCCAUGUCGGACUCGGACAAAGUGGGUGUCUUCUACGUGGAGAACCCGUUCUUCGGCCAGCGCUAUAUCCACAUCCUGGGCCGGCAGAAACUCUACCACGUGGUCAAGUACACCGGCGGUUCUGCGGAGUUGCUGUUCUUCGUGGAAGGCCUCUGUUUCCCCGACGAGAGUUUCUCAGGCCUGGUUUCUAUCCACGUCAGUCUGCUGGAGUAUAUGGCCGAGGGCAUCCCGUUGACCCCCAUCUUCACAGACACUGUGAUGUUCCGGAUUGCACCCUGGAUUAUGACCCCCAACAUCCUGCCUCCUGUGUCAGUGUUCGUGUGCUGCAUGAAGGACAAUUACCUGUUCCUAAAAGAGGUGAAGAACCUGGUGGAGAAAACCAACUGCGAACUGAAAGUUUGUUUCCAGUACAUGAACCGUGGUGACCGCUGGAUCCAGGAUGAAAUCGAGUUUGGCUACAUUGAGGCACCCCACAAAGGCUUCCCAGUAGUGCUGGACUCCCCUCGAGAUGGAAACCUGAAGGACUUCCCCAUUAAGCAACUCCUGGGCCCAGAUUUCGGCUAUGUGACCCGGGAGCCCCUCUUUGAGACUGUCACCAGCCUCGACUCCUUCGGGAAUCUGGAGGUCAGCCCCCCAGUGACCGUGAAUGGCAAGGCGUACCCGCUUGGCCGGAUCCUCAUCGGAAGCAGUUUCCCCCUGUCUGGAGGCAGGAGGAUGACCAAGGUGGUACGCGACUUCCUGCAGGCCCAACAGGUGCAGGCGCCCGUGGAACUCUACUCUGACUGGCUGACUGUAGGCCAUGUCGAUGAGUUUAUGACCUUCGUCCCCAUCCCAGGCAAAAAGGAAUUUCGGCUGCUCAUGGCCAGCACCUCCGUCUGCUACCAGCUCUUCCGAGAAAAGCAGAAGGCAGGCCACGGGGAGGCCGUUAUGUUCAAGGGCCUGGGGGGCAUGAGCAGCAAACGCAUCACCAUCAACAAGAUCCUGUCCAAUGAGAGCCUCACGCAGGAGAACCAGUACUUCCAGCGCUGUCUGGACUGGAACCGUGACAUCCUUAAGAAGGAGCUGGCGCUGACUGAGAAGGACAUCAUUGACCUGCCCGCUCUCUUCAAGAUGGAUGAAAACCAGCAGGCCAGGGCUUUCUUCCCUAACAUGGUGAACAUGAUCGUGCUAGACAAGGACCUGGGCAUCCCCAAGCCUUUCGGACCCCAGGUCGAGGAGGAGUGCUGCCUGGAGACGCAUGUUCGAGGCCUGCUGGAGCCCCUGGGCCUCUCCUGCACUUUCAUCGAUGACAUCUCCGCCUACCACAAGUUCCUGGGGGAGGUUCACUGUGGCACCAACGUCCGCAGGAAGCCCUUCCCCUUCAAGUGGUGGCACAUGGUGCCCUGACUGCUUUUUCCUUUUCCUCCUCCGCUGCGGUCUCUGGGUCCUUCCUUCCUGUGCCCCCAAGUCCUUCCCCUACAAGAAGCAGGUGGGAUUGGGGGAUAUAUGUGCCUUGCUGUCCCCUGGAGAAGGACCUCAGUGUCCACUGAAGCCGCCCCACCCCAGUAAGCCCAGCCAUUCCCCCCCCCCCGAAUCUAGCGGGACAUGUGGUUAGUGUGCAGAGCCCUGGCCUCCGGGAAAAGCGGGCUUCAACCAAUCACGUAGUCAGACUGUCCCCAGGAAUUCUCAGCCUCUACUCCAGGUCAGAAUGAGGGGAGGGAGAAGGGAGGCUCUGAAGUCAUUGGCUCUCCCAGCAUCCAUCUGACAUUCAAGGUAGACCAGGAGGGAGGACCAGGGCCAGGGUCCUGGCAUACCUUGGAUGGUACCCUCACUUCAAGCUCGCCUCCCUCGGGGGCCCCCUGGUGGCUCCCUGCACCUGUUCAUUCCUUACAGAUUCCCGUACACAUUGCAUCCCCACUCCCUGAGGGUCCAAUCGUUCAGCAUAGAAUCUUUUGGAAAUAGGUCUUAGCAAAGGAGCGUUCUUCACUUUCUGUGGAUGCGGGCUACCCAAAUUUAGGGGAACGGGGAGGUCUCAGACUAGUAUCCACGGUCUAAAGUUCGCGGUAUAUGGGAUGCUCCUGCCAGUCAAUGCUAUUUCCGUUCUCUCGCCUGGUCCUCAAGUCUCUGGCCAGUCCUUGGGCCUCUCCUCCCAUUGUUCCUCCUACUUUGGACAUUGACUUCCUAUUCUGGACAUUGCCCCUCCACAGCUACAGUUUCUUUGCCACCAGCCAGAUUCAGGCCUCCCAAGAGCCUGAGAAGCAGUCUAUCUCUUCUCAUGGAUGCUGGUCCCAACAUCCAAGGAUGCUGGUCACGCUCCAGCCUCAGUGCUCCCUUCCCAGCUAGCUGCUGCUCCAGAGGAGGCAUUUCCCAGCAUGCUUUCCAAAGUCCUCCCAUCCAGAUACAGGCAAAUUUACCCCUUGGCUUCAUUUAGAAAGAACGCCCCCCCAUCCCCCACCCCCACCCCCGGAGCUGCAGUGAUGGCUCAGCAAUUUAAAAUGCUUCCUGUUCUUGGAGAGGACCCAAGUUCAGUGCCCAACACCCGCAACUGUCUGUAACUCCAGGUCCAGAGGCUCCAGUACCCUCUUCUGGCCCCUGAGGGCAUUGCACACGCGUGUACAAACCCAUACACAUAAAUACAUUUGUUAGGAUCUGAAGAGAUGGUGCAGAGUACCAGGGCAGAGUACCAGGGCUCAGUUCUCAGCACCCAGGUGAUGGCUCACGACCACCUAUAACUCUAGUUCCAGGGGGUCCAAUGCUCUCGUCUGACCUCCACGGGCUUCUGUACAUACAUGGCUCACAUAUACACACUCAAGCACACAUACAAGUAAAGUAAAAUCAAUGAUAUUUUAAAAAUAAAAAAUAUUUUUUUAAAAUAAAGAAGGUCCUUUAAGGCCAAGAAGAUGGAAAAUAUUAAUUCUCCUUUGAAAGGUUAAACAGUCCCAUUUAUAACCAAAGAAAGGGUUACAGACCUACAUUCUUUUUUUUUAUUAUUAUUAUUAAAGAUUUAUUUAUUUAUUUUAUGCAUGUAAAUACACUGCAAGCUGUCUUCUCACACACAGAAGAGGGCGCCAGAUCCCAUUACAGAUGAUUGUGAGCCACCAUGUGGUUGCUGGGAAUUGAACUCAGGGCCUCUGGGAGAGCAGUCAGUGCUCUUAACAGCUGAGCCAUCUCUCCAGCCCCAGACCUACAUUCUUAGGGGAACAAGAUUUUUACCUUGGAUUAUUUCCUCAGCUAUGCAAUCAAUGGGUUGUAUGCUACUGAGCAAUGGGCACAGACUUAGACUCUGAUAACAUAAGCUAACCAGACUCGCUUGUCCCCAACAGACAAACCGCACCUCCCUCUGUGUGGCCGCACUCACCCUUGCUGUGGUAGGCUCUUUGGGAACACUACCCCGUAUAUCCAAUAAGCAUACAGCACAACACUCACUGCCCUCAAGAGUUACGGGCGUGUCUUCUUCUCCAUCUAGUUAGGCCAACAGCCAUGCCAGGCCAGGCCCCAGAGCCUCCAAAGCUGUCAUCCUCUGUCCCAGGAGACAGUGGUCCCUGCCUUUGAGGGCAAAACCCCAAAUCCUGUCUCCUGCUCAGGAGAAGAAAACACGGGCGCCUCUCUGAGGGAGCUGAUCUGGAGAGGUGGGGGCUUGUGGUGUGUGGUGCUCGGUUAAAGUGGCUUUACUGCUUUUAUUUUUAUCUGCAGUGGGAGGAAAUGAGCGCCUCCCAUAUGGUGGCCGCGUGGCUUUGUAGAGUGUGCUACAAUUCUCCCCAGUGGCAUUGGUCGUCUCAGAAAUUUCUGGAACUACAGGACUCAGACACUGCCUGUCCCAUCUCACUUGCUCACUCAGUGUGACCCCCCCCCAGUGUGGAUGCCCCCUUGCCUCCCCUGCAUGGACUCCUUGCUCUUCCCCACCCCCACUGUGUUGUUUUGUUUUGUUUUGUUUUAACUUAGGCCCAGAUGCUUCUGGGCUACACCAGUUCCUGUUUCGAUGUUAGUUUUGAAAUGCUCUGUGAAGGGCGGAGGGACGACAGGAAGAUGGCGAGAGCCAGGCAGUAUCAACUUCCUGGAGAAGAAGCCAAGAUGGAGACUGAGAAGUGUUUGGGGAAGAGCCAAAAUAAAGAGUAAUAAAAAUAAGCCGUCCACGGGAA